AUGUCGAAUGUAACGGUGCUCAGGUGCUGGCCAGCAUGCGUUGAUGCGAUUGACUGGUCCCCAGACGGCAUCAUCGCACUAGCGUCUGACGAACGUGUGGAGUUGCUUUUUCCAAAUACCGUCGAUUUUGAUAGGGACCAAGUUCUUCCACAGUGGCAACAUGUUCCCCUCAAAGUACCACUUUUCUCAACUGAUGAGCUGCCACUCAAAGAACUCGCGCCACUAUCCAACUACUCUAUUGGCGAGGAAAUAUCCAAUAGCUCUCCUCUCAGCAUCGCGUGGUCACCACAGGGACUUGCAAAGCAUCGGAAAUGCGCUCUUGGCGUUCUUACCGCGAAUCUGACUCUUUCUAUCUGGUCAGCCGAAGGUAAGCCGCAAGAUGAAUCAAGCUGGUCCCGGCGGUUCAUCAUUAAUGAUGCGCUCGCUGAGCAUUUUAGCGACUGCGAUGAUGAACCUAGCCACUUGACGGUAUCACCCAAAGAACAGCUGCGCUUGAGAAGCCGCAUUCGGGCGUUUGCAUGGGCACCUGCUCUGCCUUUGUCCGAAGCGACUGGAAUCAUUGGGACUAGUCUUAUAUAUUCUCGACACUUUCUAGCUGUUUCCAACGAUGACAACCACCUAGUGUUUGUGGCAGUCGAAUCACCCACUUCUACCCUAGGGGUUGGGCGAUAUUGGGCAGCGGAGGUUCUAACUCAUGAGUCGUUGACGUCAAACCCGGAUAGUAUCUUCUCGGAACCACGUGUGUUUGAAGAUGUGAUGAAACAACAGCGGUAUAUAUCUCAUAUCGCCUGGAGUCCGUGGAUUCCAUUUGAUGACGGCUAUCAUUCGGUGGUUGUGUACGCAACGAACGAAGACGUGCGGGCAAGAGUCAUUAAGCAUCGGCCUGACGGCAUAUGUACGGAGAAGGAGGUCGUGUACCCUGGAUGCGAACUGCGAUACCAAGGCCCAAUGAAGUGGUCGCCUAGGAUUGAAGAGGGAAAUCGACUCAAGCUUGCCCUUUUUACGAAUUCGGGACUCGUCUGUCUGACCAUAUCUGCCUACGAUGGUUCGAUUAUUGAAACAAAGACCCACGGUCUUGACGGGCGAUGGGACCAGAUUUCCGGUGCGGUGUGGGACAGUCCUGAUGACUCGACAUGUCGUCUACAUCUAAGUUCAUUGCUUUCAACCCUGCACAAUCAGACAUCUACUCUUGAGAUAUCUCCCGAGGGGUUGAAAAGCCUGAGCAAUCCAAGCUGGCGAGAAAAGAUUGAGAAUAACAUUGCACUAUUUAGCGUCAAGAAUGGGCUCAAGGGCAACAGCAAGGCCAAGGUUUGGGGCUUGUCAAAAUCUCCACUAGGCGAUUUCAUUGCAGCGUGCAAUAGCGUGCAUCCGUCCAACAUGAUCGAGUAUGGUAUACCUGCUGAUAGGAGUGGGACGGUUGCCGUUAGUUCUUUGCGAAAUAGCAGCGAGGAGCGGGAGGCAUUCCCCAAAGCAAAUGUCAGCGCAGAAGGAGUUAGCUAUACGAUCCGUAAGCUGGCAGAAGACAUGGUCGAGGAUCAGGACGACAUGCCUGGGUUUGCUGAGGAGAUUGUGCAAAAGCUUACGAGGGCGUAUCCAGCUCCCCGCGUUGCCGAAGAUUAUGCAGACAGGGUUCGUCUGUAUGCUGACGCAGGCGAUUUGAACUCUCUGAUCAAAGCUUUCAAGAUGACGGCCUUUCUCAACUCGCAUACACUCAAAGACCGGUAUAGGAUACUCGUUUCUCAAGCCUGCAAGAUCGGGACGUCACAUGAGCUUGAGAGAACGCUGAUAGCGUAUCGUCUUGCCAAUGCAGUACACAGCCUUCCGGCGUCACUUGUAAAUUCAGCCUUGAGUGCGGAGAUAGUGGCUCAGCACGAACAGCUCAUCAAGCUUGUCAAUGCGGUCAUGGGAUACGGCUCUUCAGAGAGCGAGAAUUGCGUAGAGUCUGGUGCCUCGGGUAUUGAUGAGUCUCGAACGGUCAAUACUGGGACAAACAGUAAUGCCAAUGAUUCACGACAAGAGGCUGUGGCCGCAUGGGUGGAGGGAUGCGAGUUUUGCUCUGCUUCGAUACCGUUCACCGACCUGACGUCAGCCUCAUGCACGAACGGACAUCAGUUUGCAAGAUGCGGAUUGAGUUUUCUUGCCAUCCAGGCACCCGGCAUUACAAAGUACUGUGGUAUUUGCAGCACACCAUUCUUGAGUGACGAGUAUGUGAUAGCUCAGGAGAGUGUGGAAGAUAAGGGCAAAGAUGUUGCAGAAGACAGCGUCAUGGAGGAGGUGGGCGGAUCCCAAAACGGGGGAGAAAAAGAGGGAUUGGAGCAGGGCGAUGGUGUGAGUCGAGAACAGGAUAAGAAUGGCGAAGAAGAUAAGGAGGAGGAGGAGGAGGAAGAAGAAGAAGAAGAGGUAGAAAGGAAGCUUGCUGUUACGCUGGGACGGGUGUUGUUCCUCGCCUGCGAUGCUUGUGUCUACUGCGGCGGUAAAUUCGACGGCUGA